AUGUCCGCGUUCUCCAUGUCCGCCGUCGCCUCGGCGCUCCCGACCGUGACCCGAGUCGCGUCGAGCAAGUCCACGUCCACGAUGGCCAAGCCCUUGAGCUUCAAGGCGAACGCGUCCACCACCGCGGUGUUGAAGAUUCGCUCCGUGAACGCCGUCAUCGAGCGCCGUCAGCGCGGUGCGCUGGUCGUUGUCGCGGGAUCUAAAUCCAUCGGUUGCACUCUGAGCGGCACGCGAAGAAAGCGCGCGCGUACGUCCGGGUUCCGCGCCCGAAUGGCCACGCCCAAGGGAAAGAAAGUGUUGAAGAGCCGCCGAGCGAAGGGCCGGAAGGUUCUCGCCCCAGCGGGCGCUGUUCGCGGGUGGAACGGGGAGAAGAAGUAA